AUGAGUCACAACUAUUACUACCAAAUCAUCGUCGUCGGUGGAGUGCUGCUGCAGCUGAUCGCCUCGCUGGCCCCGACCGCUGCCGUCCGCUACGUGCCCAAGUGGAAGAAGCAGGCCUGUGAACUACCAACACCCCAGAACGAAUAUUCUCACUAUGUGUGCGACGACAAUGGCGACGUGAAAUGUUUGCCCGGCUGGACGGGGGACCUGUGCGACGUUCCGAUCUGCAAGAAAGGAUGUGACCCACUGCAAGGGUACUGCAAGCGUCCGGGAGAAUGCCGGUGUAAGCUUGGGUUUUACGGUGAAAACUGCAACCGGUGCAUUCCGUUGCCCGGUUGCCAGCACGGCGGAUGCCAGGUGUCGUUCGAGUGCGUCUGCCACAAGGGAUGGGAUGGAAUCUUUUGCUCGGAACCAAUUUGUCGUUCCGAUUGCCAUCCGUCGCGUGGAUACUGCGAAGCACCGGGAGAGUGCCGUUGCCGAUUGGGUUGGGCAGGUCCGACUUGCCGUGACUGCCAAGUGCUGCCCGGGUGCAUGCACGGAACGUGCACGAAGCCACUCGAGUGCAAGUGUCUGCCGGGAUGGACGGGAAUACUUUGCCAAACGCCCAUGUGUGCUGCCAACUGUAGCCGCGAGCAUGGUUAUUGCCGUCGUCCAGGAGAGUGUCGAUGCAAGGUCGGUUGGAUGGGACAGGAUUGCAAUAAGUGUCAUCCGUAUCCAGGAUGCGUUAACGGUGACUGCCGGCGCCCGUGGGAAUGUAACUGUAAACCAGGCUGGGGUGGAAUGCUUUGUGAUGAAGAGUUGACCUAUUGCGAGAAGAAUCCGGAUACCUGUCAGAACGAUGGCAAGUGCAAGUCGUUGAUCAAGGAUGAUGGUUACUAUCGUUGUGAGUGUCCUACCGGCUACAAAGGACGCAAUUGUGAGAUCCCACCCAUGUCUAUGAUGACGACUUCGACGAGCAGCACAACCGAGAUUCCAAUGUCCAGCAGUGAUUCGACCUCGGCACAGUCGUCCUCAACAACCAUCAGCAGCGAAAGUGUGGAAAGUUAUCGAAACUCAACGCUACAUUCGACAAACGAAGACGAUACGAACGAAGAGUUCAGCUCGGAAGAUUUAGACAACGAAGCUUAA